UGACAGAUCAAUACUUACCAGCUACCUGUGCUUACAGCUGUUUUCUGAACAUAACAUAACAAGUUAAGACGACGUGGAGUGAAACUUUGUGAUGUAAUUUUGUAGCAUUAAUUUAUCAAUUGAAUAAUUAAAUAAUUAUUCUCUUUUCGUUAUGGUUCUUCAAUCAUGUAUGAAAACUGUAAAAGCUUCGUGGCUGUUUGCAUUAACACAAAGGAAGAAGUUGAGGUAUGUCGGUGCAGCUUUAAUAGGAACAGGUGUUCUGGUCUAUGAAUCUUCCAGACACAAAGCAGAGAUGGCGAAAGCUAAGAUCAACAUAUCUGAUUUUAUGGCAGCGCCCAUAACAGACGUCGCUACACUUGAAAAGAAUAAAAAUGACAUGAAGUCAAAAAUGGAACUCAUGAUUAUGAAAAUUCAAGCAGACUUUUGUCGUGCGCUGGAGCAGCAGGAGGUAGGAGGGGCCAAGUUCAUCGUGGAUCGUUGGGAGCGAAAGGAAGGUGGUGGGGGUAUCACUUGCGUUCUGCAGGAUGGUGAGGUCCUGGAGAAGGCAGGUGUCAACAUCUCGGUGGUGUCCGGUGUGCUACCAGCUGCCGCUGUCGCUCAGAUGAGAGCCAGAGGCAAGAAUUUCAAAGAAGGUCAGAUGAUGCCAUUUUUUGCCGCUGGAGUUAGCUCUGUGAUCCAUCCACGUAACCCCAUGGUUCCCACUAUCCACUUCAAUUAUCGCUAUUUUGAGGUCCAAGACUCAGAAACUACAACCCAGUGGUGGUUUGGAGGAGGCACAGACCUUACGCCAUACUAUCUGAACGUAGAAGACGCCAAACAUUUCCACAGAGAGCUGCAGAAGGCUUGUGACAAACACGACAAGAGCUAUUAUAGGAGGUUCAAGAAGUGGUGUGAUGACUAUUUCCACAUCACUCACAGAGGUGAGCGCAGAGGUGUCGGGGGAAUAUUCUUUGAUGAUUUAGAUUCUCCUUCACAAGAGAAAGCUUUCCAGUUCGUUACUUCUUGUGCCCAGGCUGUCUUACCCUCGUAUAUCCCUUUAGUUCAGCAACACAAGAACGAUGGGUAUGGUUAUGCAGAGCGGCAGUGGCAGCUGUUACGUCGGGGUCGUUACGUGGAGUUCAACCUGAUCUAUGAUCGGGGCACCAAGUUCGGUCUGUACACACCAGGAGCCAGAUACGAGAGUAUACUGAUGUCACUGCCACUCACUGCGAGGUGGGAGUACAUGCACGUACCGGAUCCCAGCAGCAAAGAAGGAAAAUUAGUGGAAGUGCUCAAGAACCCCCGGGAUUGGCUUGGGAUUGGAGAGGCAGCCACAGCAGCAGCUUGAUCACCUACAGGACUGAUAGCUCUUGGUCUCACCUCAGGUUAAUAUUGGGAAAUAUUGAGUGCCUUGAAGAAAGAAUGUAUUUAGCUUUAUCCAAAAGCUCAGUAUUAUUGGUUAAAAUUGCGUAUUUUUGGACAAACAUG